AAGCAGAGGAGUGAAUCAUCUGGAAUGCAUCAAACAUCUUUGGUUGUAACGUCACGCGUGACGUUUACAGGAAGUGGCGGUCAAUGUCGCCAAAAUCCAAACGAUUCUCGGCUGUCGGUAGGCGAGUCCAACUUUUUCUCGACGAAUUUGCCGUUUCCGUUCGAAGGGCACUUAAACGUGACUUUGGGACGUUUUGACAUGUUAGUCAAGUGCAACCUUUGUGUAAAACUACUCCCCACUGAAACAGUGCGUCUCCUGCUAGAUUUUGGCUUCAGUCCCUUUGUCCGCUGUAAAUAGGAGUGACAACAUUGAAACUACCCUACCCAUUUUUAUUUGUAACGAGCGAUCUCUGCUGUCAAAUGCGCGGCAUUAAGAAUUAGCGAAGGUUGUUUGUGCGUCGCCCCGACGGCCAGCAUCAAGCGAGUGGCAAAUUGAAUUGCAGCUCAUGAUGCAAGACGAAGCGUUUGAGCAGAUAGUGAGCAUGUUCAACUGGCUGGUGUCGUGGGUGGCAGCCGGCGCAAUGAUGUUCGGCGGGGUGGUUCCCUACAUCCCCCAGUACCGGGACAUCCGGCGCACGCAGAACGCGGAGGGGUUCUCCACCUAUGUGUGCUUGGUCCUGCUAGUGGCCAACAUCCUGCGGAUCCUCUUCAGAUUCGGACGCUACUUUGAGACACUGCUUCUGUGGCAGAGCAUCAUCAUGAUCGCCACCAUGCUGGCCAUGCUCAACCUGUGCACCAACGUCCGUGUGAACGCUGAACUCAACACCAAGCGGCGCUCCUUCCUAGCCUCAGACAUUAAGGACGAGGAGGUCCGAAUCCCUAAGAGGCUUUUUCUGGACUUCGACUGGAAGUACUUCUGGUCAUGGAGCCGCUUCCUGGACUACGUUGAGUGCGUGGCGGCCUUCACGCUGACGGCGGCCUACGUCACCUACGUGCUUGUGGACUCGGCCGUGUUCGUGGAGACGCUGGGCUUCUUGGCGGUCUUCAGCGAGGCCAUGCUGGGAACGCCGCAGCUCUACUGCAAUUACCAGAACAAGUCUACCGAAGGCAUGAGCGUCAAGAUGGUGCUGAUGUGGACGAGCGGCGACACCUUCAAAACGGGCUACUUCCUGCUCACCCAAGCGCCCGUGCAGUUCUGGACUUGCGGCAUGCUGCAGGUCCUGGUGGACUUUUCCAUCCUCUUCCAGGUUUACUACUAUCGCUUGUACCCCAAGAAGCCGGCGCCGCACGCCGCCUCCCACAACGCCUGCGCCAAAGCCCUCUGAGAUCCGAGCGCCGCGGCUCAGGAAAACGGGAAGAACUCGAGAUGACUCGCUCGGUGUCUGCGCCAAAGCCUUGCGCAACUUGUUGCGCGUCAACCCGUCAUCGUGCUUUUGAAUCUUCCCGAUGGUAUAUUCUCCCAAUGUAACCGCACGGUCUGGAAAAAGGGGCGACUUAUGGAGUUGGAAAGGCUUCUCCGCGGAUGCUUCAACUCCGAUGUGAAGUCUUGAAUCAAAGCAUCUUCUGCCAAGUCGCGUUCAUUGAUGCAAAAGAACAUUUGGUCAAGGUCACUUCUCGCUUUUAGCUCCGGUCUCUAAAUUUCUCACGGUCGAACCGUAACAGGAGACCCGGCAUUUUUUUUUUUUUUAAUUCUGUUGCAACGCUGAUACUACGGCAGAAGGCGGAUGAUUCCCGGAUGGAUACAAAGAGGCAGCAUGGAAAAACGGCACGGGCCUCGCCGAGGAUCUUUUCCAAAGUGUUGCCGUGAUGUCUGAAGGAAUGGCAAGAUGAGAAAUGCAAAUUGAGGGCAACCCUGAACCACCGCCGUGGCUACCAUAACCCGCAAUCCAAACCCUGACACAAGCUUUGCUCCCCUAACCCCAAACCGGGACUAAUCCGUUUUGUGCAUAUCUGUGAAACCUGCGCAUGUGGGGAGGGAAUCUUUGCACUGUUUACCGAACCCAAGCGGCUUUUAAUUUGCGGAAUUGACCGGAAUUGGCUGUUGCAUGCCCCCCUUUUGCCUUCGUCCCCCCCCCCCCCCCCCAGAUACAGCUCGCUGCGCACUCAUUUCAAUCUGUAUGCAUCGCUGAAUGGAUGAAAAGGCAUUUGCUGUUUGUUUGUUUGUCCCCCCACUAUUGUUGCCGACAUGCACGGUGAGAAAAUGCGGCUCAGUUUUGCCACCUUUGUUGGCCUCGCGUCCCCCGCGUGCCCUCUCAGAGCAGGCAAAAGAGCCGAGUGUGUUGAACAAGAGCCAGUCAACUAGAAAUGUGACCUCGGGGCGGUUUCUUCUACGAGGAGCCAUCCUCGGCUCAAGCCCGCUUUGGACCUUUGCCCAAAAGGACCUCUUGAAGAGCAAUGACCAAAGGUGUCGAUGAAGAAGAGCCAAGAAGCCACAAAGUGAACGCACUGUCGAAUUAGGCUCCCGAGGGCACAUCUCUCCAUGUCACGCCACGCCACCCGACCGUUUGAUUGCUCUUUUGUUCCCAAUUGAAGAGCUAACUGCCCUUCCUUACCAGUGUCCGAAUCAUUUCACGAGGGUUUGUGUUCCAUCUCCAUUUGCUUCCAUGAAAUUUCAUUUCCUGCUCUGUGGACGAGCGUGCCAUCUGCCCACAUGGGCGUUUCCCCUUUUAUCUUUCUUUCCCAAUCAUCCGGACGGGACAUGACAGUGCUAUUCAUCUUCUCUCUCUCUCUAUAUAUAUAUAUCUAUAUAUACAUAUAUAUAUUGAUAGAUACAAGAUGUUCAUUUUGUGCUACGUUUCAAUUAAAGCAUAUCUCGUCUACCUCUUCGUUAUCUACCAACAAUGGAGUGGAAAAAAAUGGAUGAAAUAAAGAGAGCAGGUAGAGGGUCA